CCGAUACCUCAUGCUUAAAGUACUUAAUAAUUUGCUUCGCAUUCCCUCAUAAGCAGAUGUAGGCUAACGAACCGCCUUUUUUAACACACAUAAAUAAAUUUAAAAAAUGCGUGAGGUCAUAUCAAUACAAAUUGGCCAAGGAGGAAUACAAAUCGGCAAUUCUUGUUGGGAAUUGUAUCUUUUAGAACAUGGCAUUGAUAUUGAUGGCUCUUUGAAAAGUAAAGGAGAAAAUUCUAAUACAGUGGAUAAAUUAGUCCAAAGUAAUGAGGCGACAAGCGACUCAAAUACAUUUUUUAUGGAAACUGGAAUGGGCAAGCAUGUACCGCGUACAGUUUUUGUUGACCUUGAGCCUACAGUUAUCGAUGACGUUCGUACCGGUAGCCUUAAAAACUUGUAUCACCCAGAACAACUAAUAUCGGGUAAGGAAGAUGCAGCAAAUAACUACGCACGUGGACAUUAUUCCAUAGGAAAAGAAGCAAUUGAUAAAGUUAUGAAUCGUAUUCAGAAGUUAUCAGAACAGUGUGAAAGCCUUCAAGGUUUCUUAAUAUUUCAUAGCCUUGGUGGUGGAACUGGUUCAGGUUUUACGUCAUUACUUAUGGAGCGUUUAACUGCUGAUUUUAGUAAGAAAUGUAAAUUGGAUUUUGCCGUAUAUCCAUCACCAAAAGUUUCAACAUCAGUCGUAGAACCUUAUAAUGCAGUUCUAACUACUCAUGCAACUUUAGAGACUUCAGAUUGUGUUUUUAUUGUAGAUAAUGAGGCAAUUUACGAAAUAUGCCAAAAUAGUUUAAAUGUUGAUCGACCCAAUUAUCGUAAUCUAAAUCGACUUAUUGCUCAAAUAGUGAGUUCAACUACAGCAUCUUUACGCUUCAGUGGUUCUAUGAAUGUUGAUCUAAAUGAAUUUCAAACAAAUUUAGUACCUUAUCCACGUAUACAUUUUCCACUCGUGGCAUAUGCUCCAUUAGUUUCUUCAUCAAAUGCUUCCCAUGAGCACAAUGCAAUUAUGUCGUUAACGAACUCUUGCUUCGAGGCCUCAAACAUGAUGGUUAAAUGUGAUCCCCGUGCUGGAAAAUAUAUGGCUUGCUGCAUGCUUUACCGAGGUGACGUUGUACCAAAAGAUGUAAAUGCGGCUGUAUCUGCUAUAAAAUCUAAACGGCAUAUACAAUUUGUGGACUGGUGCCCAACGGGUUUUAAAAUUGGCAUUAAUUAUGAAAAACCCGCAUGUGUACCAGAUGGGGAUUUAGCUCAAACAUCCCGGGCGGUGUGUAUGUUAUCAAAUACGACUGCUAUUUCUGUUGCAUUCAGCAAUUUGGACUAUAAAUUCGAUCUGAUGUUCAAAAAACGUGCUUUUGUUCAUUGGUACGUUGGCGAAGGAAUGGAAGAAGGAGAAUUCACAGAAGCUCGCGAGGAUUUAGCUACAUUAGAACGUGAUUACGAAGAAGUUGGUGGGGAUGACCAGAGUGAAGAAGGCGAUUAUGAAAUAUAAAUAUGUUUUAUGAUAUUAAAUUACUUAUUUAAAUAAAAAGCAAAAUACGAUGUA